UCCUCCGCUAUCAGACCCGUUAACAGCAGUCGGCGUCGAGGCACCCGCUAUAACGUCUCUCACAUCCCCGGGUGACGGUGCUCGCCGUUCCUGACCUGUCCGGCCGAUGGGCCGCACGGAAAUCAGUGUCCACCGACAGCCGGAUCCGAAUUCCACGACAGACACGCGCGCACCUCUGAUAUACGAACGGUGAUCGCCGCUGCCGGAGCAUUUCUCGAGGAGACACGUCGCUCUGCCGUUCUUGGCUCGCGAGGGGUCGACAGGUGGAGCCGGCCGCCGAUCUUCAUGGAAAGGGAUGAAGGCCUGGCAUUGAGCAGGAACAGUGUCAGUGACGGAGACCACGUAGGACUGAAGUACCGGGUGUAUUUAGUUGUUCACGUUCGCUGGCGAGUAACGGUGAAUGGUUUACUGGCGCUCGACAGACGUGGUGGUGAAAAGACGCUCCUCGGAUCAGGUGGGCGGAUGUCGUGCACAGUGAGCGCGGGAUUGUUUUAAGACACAGUGACCGAAAGGACCGCGAGAACCACGAUGAUGGAAGUGCAGCAGCAGCACUCGCCUGUGGGGGUGGGUCCUCUCGACUUUUCGCGCAGGGGUGUCGCCGAGGCGUCCGCUUUUCGGGUCGUCAAGCCGAAACAGGCGUCCGCGCUCGUGCACCAGCAAACCCUGUCCCCGGAAGCGAAUAACAACGAGAAUCUUCAGGAGAGCCCGCAGCUGCCGGUCGAGGCCGAAGGUGGAUGCAACGUUCGUUUAAUGUUCCCCAGACUGUGGGCCCCUUUCGGAAACGCUGCGGACGUCACCAGCCUGCCGUCUUUGCCCAAGAGUCACUCAGAGCGACUGUCUUUCGGAGUGGGUCGUCUGGUGGGUUCCCCGGCGACCAGGAGUCCGUCACCGUCGCACUCGCCUUGUCCGGACUCGCCACCGUCGGAUCGACGGGACGGCGAGGUGGACGUUGACGUCGAAGAGGAGGAAGUCGACGUGGACGUCGAAGAGGUCGGCGACGAGGAGGAUCGCGACCCAGCGUCUAGCCCUCCCCGUUCCUCGACGACGCCGUCGCCGACGAGCGUGGCGACCUCGCCAGCCUCGAACCCGCCGAAGAAGUCCGGCGACACGUUCAGCGUUUCGGCUCUCCUGAGGCCGGACCCGCCGUCUGCCCACCUGCAGAACGCCUCUCCCCAUCGGGACACCGCGUCGAUCGGCGCACACCCACCCCCGCCGGGCUCCUCGAUCCUUUAUCCGCCCCUUCAUCUCCAAGGCGGCCUCCUGCCGCCCCAUCCUCAUCAUCCCUUAACGUACCUGCAUCCUCAGCUGCUGCCUCAUCAUCUAUUACCUCCGCACUUGCACCCGCUGCUCCGCGGCGUUCACCCGGGUCACCCUGGCCUUCACUCGACCCACACCGGCCAUGGACUGCAUCAUACCCACCCGCUCGGCGAUGUCUACAGCUGCGUCAAAUGCGACAAGAUGUUCAGCACGCCCCAUGGCCUCGAGGUGCACGCAAGGAGAUCCCACAAUGGCAAGAGACCGUUCGCCUGCGAGCUCUGCAACAAAACCUUCGGCCACGAAAUCAGCCUCACGCAGCACAGAGCCGUGCAUUCCGCGGAGAAGGUGUUCGAGUGCAAGCAAUGCGGCAAGGGGUUCAAGCGUUCCAGCACGCUGACCACUCAUCUGCUGAUACACUCGGACACGAGACCGUACCCGUGUCAGUUCUGCGGGAAGAGAUUCCAUCAGAAGAGCGACAUGAAGAAGCACACGUAUAUCCACACCGGCGAGAAGCCGCACAAGUGUCAGGUCUGCGGCAAGGCGUUCUCCCAGAGCAGUAACCUGAUCACGCACUCGAGAAAGCACACCGGCUUCAAGCCGUUCGCCUGCGAGCUCUGCGGCCGGGCUUUCCAGCGCAAGGUGGACCUGAGAAGGCAUCGGGAGACCCAGCACGCGGACUUGAACGCGUCCCAGCGGCCGCCGAUCGGCUCGAUCCCGACGCAGAACUCGUUGCCGAACGGCAAUCCGACGAUGAUGCAGUGAACGAUCCGCGAGCGAUCAUUCUUGGGAAACUGUGAACGUCUCCUCCGCGAGGGGGGACACCGUUAAGAACGUCGCCGAAACGCCGGCGACCUCACGGAAUUGUGCACGGACCUCUGUAUUUAUUAUUUAACGACUCUCGUUCGAGCGCAACUUUGAACAUUCCGACACUUCUUCUUUCCAGAAUGGUUCUCACCAGUAAGAAACGGUUGUGCGCGAUUGUUCUAGGAAAACUGUACAUUCCACGGGCGGGAAAGCUUUUGGGGAGCGCGGAGUGUCGGCGAGCCUCUCGACUCAUGCGAAAUCGUGCUCACGCUCGCCGACGUUGUUCUCGCGUUUACGCGUGAAUUCGAUCGACAGGUCUCAACCCCUCGGAGUUUCCUUUGGCGUCUCGUUGGCGUCUCGUUCCUUUCACGUGGCCGUUUGCGAACGCUCCAACGAGCGGAGCGGAGGACGAUCGGGGUGUACUACUCUCUGUGUAUACUGAUUUGAAUACUCAAGCAGGCGGAAUCGUCGGUCAGGCGACGAGGAAAAGAGGAACGUUCGAAUGGAACGUUCACGAUCGAAGGGACUUCUUUAUUUCGUGGCGCUACUCUCCGUGUUGGAUCGUUGAUUAAAUAUCGAUAAUCACUGUACUUCUCUUAUUAAGUAGACGAUUUACGGGGGACACGUGCGAUCGACGAUCGAUCGAGCUCGCCUUCCAAAAUUGUACUUAAUCGAUCCGCAAUCGGCGUGUUUGGUUUUUCACGAGAAUCUUCGGAGGGUGGGGGGGGGGGGGAUUUUUGUUCGAUGUGAAUACAUUUCGCGCGGGGCUCGUUCGAUCGUCGCCGACGCGUCCCGCGUAAAGGAAGUACGAGGAGCGUACUGUAUUUUGCAUAUCUCGCGCACCUAUCGUUCAGGAAAGGGCAUCACUCACCCCAAAGUUGCAACUGUGACCAAAAAGAAACCUUGUAAAUAAAUAGCACAUAGACUGUAUCUCGCCUAGCCUAAGCGUAUAAAUAUAUACAUAAUAUAAA